AGCGGCCUGGGCAGCGGCGAGCUCACGUCUCUGGCUGGGCUUCGGCACCAUCCCCCAGUCCCUCCUCGAAUCCCCCUCCUGGUCCCUGUGUUUCUUGUGUCUCCUGCCCCCAUGGAGCAGCUGCUGCGGGCCGAACUGCGCACCACGACUCUGCGCGCCUUCGGGAGCCCAGGCGGGGGCUGCAUCAGCGAGGGGCGCGCCUACGACACGGACUCGGGGCCUGUGUUUGUCAAGGUCAACCGCAGGGCGCAGGCCCGGCAGAUGUUUGAGGGCGAAGUGGCAAGCCUGGAGGCCCUCCGGAGCACUGGUCUGUUGCGAGCACCUCGGCCCAUCAAGGUCAUCGACUUGCCUGGGGGUGGGGCCGCCUUUGUGAUGGAGCAUCUGAAGAUGAGGAGCUUGAGCAGUCAGGCAUCAAAACUUGGAGACCAGGUGGCAGACUUACACCUCUACAACCAGAAGCUCAGGGACAAGUUGAGGGAGGAGGAGAACACAGUGGGUGCGUUCGGAUCGUCUCCAUGCUCCCUUGACCCAGGCCGGAGGGCUGAGGGUGCUGAGCUCCAGCAUGUGACCAAGUUCGGCUUCCAUGCGGUGACGUGCUGCGGCUUCAUUCCGCAGGUGAAUGAGUGGCAGGAUGACUGGUCGACCUUCUUCACCCGAUACCGACUCCAAGCACAGCUGGACCUCAUUGAGAAGGACUAUGCUGACCGAGAGGCACGAGAGCUCUGGUCACAGCUACAGGUGAAGAUCCCAGAUCUGUUUAGCGGCCUAGAGAUUGUCCCCGCCCUUCUUCAUGGGGAUCUCUGGUCAGGAAAUGUGGCUGAGGACGACGUGGGGCCUAUUAUUUAUGACCCGGCUUCCUUCUACGGCCAUUCUGAGUUUGAACUGGCAAUUGCCUUGAUGUUUGGCGGCUUCCCCAGGUCUUUCUUCACUGCCUACCACCAGAAGAUCCCCAAGGCUCCAGGGUUCGACCGGCGGCUGCUGCUCUACCAGCUCUUUAACUACCUGAACCACUGGAACCACUUUGGGUGGGAGUACAGGAGCCCGUCCCUGAGCACCAUGCGGAAACUUCUCAAGUAGCACCCUGCCUGUGCUCCUGCCCACCUGCCCACCUGCUUAGCAAGUACCUAGGGGCAGCAACAGCAGAGGCAGCUGCAGGCACUAAUAAAGUCAGUGGGGCUUCA